GAGCCUUUCGGUGUUUGUGUCAUGUCUUUGUAAAAUUACUGGAUCUGACCGCUUCAAUUCCAAUCUCACCCUUCUCUCUCACACAUGUUCCUAUAAAAGGACAUCUUCAUUUAUCUCCAUUCUCCAGUCAGCCAAAAAAUGAACUCCAACCCUUCUCCCACCACCAUCACCACCCCUGAAGUUCUUCAACAUUCAACUCCUUACACUCCCCUGCCGGACCACCCCACCUCCUCAGCCGCUUCUCCGGCGAAGGAUCACCUCCGACCCUUUAAGGGUCUCGCCGUAAUCUUCCUCUCCAUGUUGUUUAUGUCGUCUAUGAUUACCUUUUUCUUCUCAAACUUUGGCAAUCAAUCAGAGUCUUCUCCUUCGGCCACGGAGGCGGUGUUGCCGGAGACUUUGAUGCCGCCGUCGAGGGGGGAGUCGGAGAAGACUUUCCUGGAGUCCUCCGGCACCGGUCCGGCGUACCCUUGGACUGAUGCUAUGUUAGCUUGGCAAAGAACAUCUUACCAUUUUCAACCUGUAAAGAAUUGGAUGAACG